UAGUGCCGCAUUUCAUUCCCCGAGGCGGCGGGGAUCCCCCUGUCCCCACCUCCUCUCCCUCCGGGCCUUCUCUUCUCCCGGUUCCGCAGGCCCCCGUAAACGCCUACGUCCCCCCCGGUGCCGCCCCGGCACGUUGCCGUUUUCCUUAGCGCUGCUCACAUCCCGCUGUCGGGCCGGAACCCCAUGCUGCAGGAGGCGCUGGGCAUCCGCCCCCACGUCCUGGUGCUGAACAAGAUGGACCUGGCUGAUCCCCGACGGCAGUCGGUGAGCACUGCGGCAGAGCUGGCUGCCUGCACGCCUGUGCGUCACUUCUGCCUGUUAUAGAAUCACUAGGUUGUAAAAGAUCAUCAGCUCCAACCAUACCUGUCCACUAGCACCUCAAUCAUGUCCCCAUGCACCUCAUCUAUCUGCCUUUUAAACACCUCCAGGAAUGGGGACUCAACCACCUGCCUGGACAGCCUCUGCCAGUGCUUGAGAACCCUUUCUGUUAAGAAAUUUUUCCUGACGUCCAACCUAAACUUCCCCUGGUGCAACUUGAGGCUAUUUUCUCUCAUCCUAUCACUUGGGAGAAAAGACCAACACCCACCUCUCUACAACCUCAUUUCAGGCAGCGUAGAUGGUGAUAAGGCCUCCCCUCAGCCUCCUCUUCUCCAUGCAAUCCCAGUUCCUCCAGCCCCUUCACCAGCUUCAUUGCUCUUCUCUUCAUCAUUUUCCCCUUCAGGCAGUCUUGGAGCACCUGAAGCAGCAGGGAUGCCUACAUGUUGUCUUCACAGACUGCCAGCGAGAUAGCAGUGUCAAAAAGGUAAUGGGCUGUCACUGUGCCCAGCCUGUCUGGUCACUGCCAGCAGCUGGAGGCCACAGGGCUCUCCCAGCCCCAUGGAGAGGCCUCGGUGCCCCACUGUGGGGAGGCGACAGGGGCUGCUCCAGAGCCGUCUUCACUUCCAGCCUGCUCAAGGCGACCUGUCCUCUGCUUGGCCCAGUUUGGUGCUUCCUCCUGGCCCAGCACCCUCCAAGCAAGCAGCUGUUGCCAGCCAGGCACGGCGCUGCUGUGAAAACCCUUUGUGUUUCUCUGCAGAUUAUUCCCUUGGUUGCUGAGCUGGUGGAUAAAAGCCCACGCUACCACAGGGCUGAGAAUGCUGCAUACAGUAUCAUGGUGAUUGGUGUGCCCAACGUGGGCAAGUCCUCGCUCAUCAACUCGCUGCGGAGGCUGCACCUCAAAAAAGGAAAGGCCACUGCAGUAGGUGGUGAGCCAGGCAUCACCAAGGCGGUUCUGACCAGAAUCCAGGUGUGUGAGAAGCCCCUCAUGUACCUGGUGGACACGCCAGGCGUGCUGCCGCCGAGGCUGGGGGAUGUGGAGACGGGCAUGAAGCUGGCGCUGUGUGGAGCCAUCCGUGACCACCUGGUGGGGGAGGACAUCAUGGCCGACUAUCUCCUGUACGCCCUGAACAAGCGGCAGCAGUUCGGGUACGUGCAGCGCUACGGGCUGGCUGAGGCCUGCGAUGACAUCAAGGUCCUGCUGAGACACGUGGCCCUCGCCCAGGGCAGGACACAGAAGGUGAAGGUGCUGACCGGCACAGGGAACGUCAACGUGACGAUGCUCAGCUACCCGGCUGCUGCCUACGAGUUCCUGCGGGAUUUCCGGGCGGGACGUCUGGGUAGGGUGACGCUGGACUGAUGCCCUUCCACCUGUGCCAGCGGAGGGAGCCUCUGCCAGGGCAGCUGCCCGUUUCAGCCCCCGGGCUGCUGUGAGGGGCCGAGAUUCCGGUGGCAGGGACAAGGCUGUGCCAGGAUGGCUGUGCCACCGUGCGGAGCAAGGCCCGAGUCACAGCUAGGCCAGAGCACCUGGAGAGCCGAUUCCGUCACCGUGGUCGUGCCCCUCUCUCCUCGGUGAAAUAAACGCUCGGCAGGACGGGGGCGGUGUUCGUCCCGGGGUCCCCGUCCGCAAGCGCCGCAUCAGCCACAUCU